AUGUCUGUCAACACCGAAAUAAACAAGGAACUUGUAGAGUACGCCUACAAGAACCUCAAGAACAUUCCAAAAACCGAAGAAUAUGAGAAGAUGAUCUCCAGUGUGCCCUAUGACUGCUUCAACAAGGAUCUUUGGUUGAGAAGAAACUUGGCCCAUGAGACUGUUACCGACUAUCACCAGAUUCGUAUGAAAGACUACGACUAUAGCUUUGAGAAGCACCAGGCUGCCAGAGUCGAGUUCUUGCUGAAGAUCUUUGGUAGUAUCCAACCAGACAUUGUGUUGGAGCCUCCUUUCUACGUGGACUACGGCUUCAACAUCUCCAUCGGUAAGGGCUUUUAUGGAAACUUCAACUUGACAUUCUUGGAUUGCACCCUCAUCACCAUUGGAGACUAUGUGAUGAUGGCUCCCGGAUGUACUUUGACCACUGCCACUCACCCUACUGACCCUACUCAGAGAAUGAAUGGUGUAGAGUAUGCAUUGCCAAUCAAGAUUGGAAACGGUGUGUGGAUGGGAUGCAAUGUGACUGUGUUGCCAGGUGUUACUAUUGGCGAUGGAGCAGUGAUCGGCGCUGGUAGUACGGUCAACAAAGAUGUUCCUGCCAACACUGUUGUUGUGGGAGUUCCAGCCAGAGUCGUGAGACAGUUGAAGCCUUAUGAGAAGAAGGAGGAUGCCAUGAAGGAGGUAAGUUAG